CUCAAACACACCACAGGCAAGCAUAUUAUUGACUUCGAUCUAGAUGCAGCUACUACUUUCGACUGUGUAGACAUUUUCCCCUUACGUGGUUUUAUAGGAAAACGAUGGCUGACGACAAGAAUAAAUUGCUUCCACACAGGCUUGUUCAUCUUGAUCUCAAGGGGGCCCCUUUGUGUGUUGACUAUCUUGAGAAGGUUUUCCCACUACUCAAAAGAUGGGGUACAACAGGCUUACUUGUGGAGUAUGAAGACAGCUUUCCGUAUAGCGAAGAGUUGAAGGUUCUUGCAGCUCCUCAUGCCUACAGUAAAGAAGAAAUCAAGCAAAUUCAGACCCUGGCCGCUGACAAUGACCUUAUCAUUAUCCCUCUAGUGCAGACUUUUGGCCAUUUAGAGUUUGUGCUGAAGCAUGAAGAAUUCUUUCCUUUGAGGGAGGUUGAGAAGUACCCAAUGGCUCUCUGCCCUUCAAAUCCAGAUGCACUCUCAGUGGUGUGUAAAAUGAUUGAUCAAGUAAUGGCCUUGCAUUCAGGUGUUCAGCAUUUUCAUAUUGGAUGCGAUGAGGUCUAUCACUUGGGCCUUUGUAAAACCUGUAAAAGUCGCAUGGCUGACGGCUCACUGAGCAAGGAACAGAUUUUCUUUUCACACGUCCGAGAAGUUGCCACUCAUGUUCAGAAGAACUACAAUGGAGUUAUGUGUAUAGUAUGGGAUGACAUGUUUCGGUUUUCAGAGCUGCCGGUUAUACUGAAUUGUCGACUCGGUGGUCUCGUUGAGCCUAUGAUCUGGCACUACGUACCUGCUUUCAUGCUGCCCAAUGAUCUGUGGGAGAAUCUGAGUGCAAUCUUUCCCAAGAUCUGGAUAGCUAGCGCAUUCAAGGGCGCUACUGGUCCUCGCGCAGCCAUCACUAACAUCCGCUACCACCUGGACAACCAUCAUGCCUGGCUUGAGACGCUACGCAGCAUGAGCCAAAAGUUCAAGGCCAUCCAAGGCAUUGCCAUCACUGGUUGGCAGAGAUACGAUCACUACGCUGUUCUUUGUGAGCUGUUUCCCCAUGGCUUGCCUUGCCUGGCACUGUGUCUUAGGUUUGUGGAACAAGGCACCCUGUCUCCCACUGAUGUAGAAUUUGUUGGCAAGGAACUCGAGUUUACCACCCCACUACCUAUCAACCCUUUUGCAUCCCGUGAUGUACCAGCUUGUGAUUUCCCUGGUUCUCUGGUGUAUCAAAUGACGAUAGAGUUUGUGCAUGCAGAAGCGACCAUUAAUGAGUUCUUUGCCUUAGAAGGCAUAGCUUCCUGGAUGCAUGAGUACAACAUGGAGAGAAAGUUUAUCAACCCAGUACAUGUGGAGCCACUUCUUGCCAGAGCAGAAAGCUUAUUGGAGUCCUUACACGGUACGCAAAGAAAGAUCAGCCCGGCAUUUACAGGGGUUUUUGUCUCUGGAGUGGAGCAAGAGUGGAAGGGUCUCUUUGUGCAGCCAUUGGUUAAAAGACUUGAGGAUUUCAUUGAGAAGGCCAAAACAUUUCUCGCCCCACCAGCUAUCACUAACCAAGUGGAGAACAAUACGUAGCCAAUGUAAAGGGGAGUAAUCAGAUACAUUUAUGUACAAACUCUUGUUAAUUGGUUGUGUCACUUUAGUUUGGUAUGACGUGAUUUUUAACUGUGCCAAAAACAGCUCGUGGGUGAUUGACGGUAGGGCUGGAUCCUGCUCGUCAAAUUUGAGAGUGGCGAUUCGCGAUUCAGUCGGCUUCAAAGAAUCGCGAGUACGCGAGCGCUCGCGGAACUGUGGUGGAACACUGAUUGAAACGGAACAGUAUCGUAUCAACGGAACUGUCAUGUCAACGGAACAGUAUCAUAACUACGCCACUAGGCGAGCGCGAGUCCCACUCUUGCUGUUCCGCCAUCCUCUCUGCCCCACACCCUUUGUUGCGCUGCUCUA